UUAAGCUGAAGUAGCAAGCUGAUGGGUGCUAGCGAAAGUUGUAUCCCUCGUCGUACCAGUGUGGUUUUAGAUAAUUUCUUAUCUCAUGACAUCGUGAACGUGCCGCAUAUCACAUUGCCUCGGAAACCAAAAGUUUAUGAACGAUUUAGCUGGGUAAAGGCUUAGUAGUAUGCAACGCAGAUGAAAACUUGUAGUAACACGGGGAAGUUAAAAGAAGUUCAGGUAGAGCAGAAAAAAAACAGCUUUUCUGAGAUUUAUAGUAACACGCCUGUGAACAUGAUACAACCUUUCGGGAGUUCUUCGGUUUAUCAGCAUUACCAAGACAGUAAAUAUGCCCAGAAGGACAAUAUACCACGCUUAAACCAAUUUAAAAAGGGGAGUUAUAUUUGUGUGAAAGGUCCUGUAGUAAUACUAUGGGUCUUGUGUGUGGUAUCUGUAACUCUUUCAGGCUUCUGCGGCCUCAAACUGUUUCAGUUGCAAGAAAGACUUUCAUCACUGGAAAUCAGGUAUAGACAACUGGAGAUAAAACACAUUCUUAAAAAAGUAGACAGUAAGGUGGAAAAGCGCAUGGAGCAACUCAUGUCAGUUACCAGCCGUAUGAAAAGAGGCACAGAGUUAUUUUCAAAAGCUUCGGAGUGGAUAAGCCCAGACAAGGAGCACUAUAUGGUAAAUUCAAAGCGGAAAGGUGUGAAAAUGGUUGCAGCUGAGUGUAUUUGUCCCGUUGGUGAGCCUGGGCCCAAAGGUGAAAAAGGUCGAAGAGGUCGACGAGGCAAACAUGGAAAACCAGGGCCAAUAGGACCAGCAGGUCCUAUGGGAUCUGUUGGACCUCCUGGAAAACCUGGAUUUCCGGGUGCAAUUGGAAUAGAGGGACCAAAGGGUGAAAAAGGUAUUAAAGGUGAAAAAGGAAAUAAGGGAAGUAGUGGACUUGAUGUACAAGUAACAUCGAAAAUGAAAGGCUUGACUGGAGACCAUUCUGAUAUCAUGAUUAACCAGGAUGUUCUAUUAAUAAAGGGUGAGCCAGGUGAGCCUGGGCCAGCUGGUCCACCAGGACCUCCGGGCCCAACUGGUCUGCCUGGUUUUGAUGGCCAGAUUGGAAUGCCUGGUGAACAAGGACCAAUGGGUGAACCAGGACCCUCUGGCCCCCCUGGACCUGUGGGGCCAGUGGGCAAAGAUGGUCUUCAGGGUCCUAAGGGAGUAAAGGGUGACAAAGGUGAACAAGGCUUGACCACAAUGUUGGAUGGUAAUAAACUUCCCACUGGGUUUAUAGAAGGUCCACCAGGACCUCCUGGACCACCUGGACCUGCUGGGCCACAGGGAAGGAAGGGAGACUCUGGAAUUCCAGGACCACAGGGUAAUCAUGGGGAAAAAGGAGAUAAAGGUGAAAGAGGCAGAAGAGGAAAAAGGGGACUUCCAGGGCGUGAUGGCAUGAAGGGUGAGCAAGGGGAACGAGGGGAGAAGGGUGUAAAAGGUGAACCAGGGCUGCCGGGGACUGAUGGCAUCCCUGGCAUACCGGGUAUAAAGGGUGAAAAAGGAGAUUCUGGGCUACAGGGUGGGAUGGGUAGACGAGGAAAGAAGGGUGACAAAGGAGACAAGGGAGAUCAGGGUGUGCCUGGUCUCGAUGCUCCUUGUCCUCUUGGACCAGAUGGAUUACCUCUACCUGGGUGUGGCUGGACACUGCCUAACGUCGCACCACUAGGUCCCAUACCUCCUAAAUCCCGGAACAUCAAGCCUUGAUAUUGAUCAUAUGGUUAUAUUCCACUGCCAAAGAGAUAUACAGAAUGUUAAGGAGAAUAUUAACCAAGAUAUUGGAAGAGCAGAAAGAAGACCUCGAGUCAUAGCAUCAUAUGUUUCUUACUUGACCGGCCUAAAAAUUAAAUAGAAGGUGAUCCAAUAUGAAGAUUUGUCUAAAAAAAUACUUUCACACUUGACGAUGAAAUAAUGUUUUGCAUUAUUUUAUUUUGUUAAUAGUCGCAAUUAAACAACAUCAUUUCAACAAUUACAGACCUGCGUUGUUUUUGAAAUGGUCGGCCACUGCCUAUUAGAGAAACACUUGUAGAAAAUAUAUUGGUAACUAUACAAUCUACUUAUGCAACGCAAGAGUAGAAGACGAUGUUUCGAAAGUCCUUUCGUCUUCAGGUCAAUUUGUGUUUGUUUUUAUUUCAGUUUGUGACUUUGACUUUUGACUUGGUAGGUAUUUCCGUUUAGAUCAUUUGAGACUGAACUCAGGAAGAAUUCGGGGUCGGAAAAACCGGGGGUGUUCAGAAAAUUGUUUCUUUUCGCCCCAGUCUUAUGUGAGAGUUACAGUUAGCGGCUUUGUAAAAAAAGAAGAAAAAAAAAGAAGAAAAUAUAUGAACUGAAGAGUGAGUUAAAA